AUGGACAAUGUGCCAUGCCAGCCUUGUUGGCUGGUCGCGCUUCCCCAAGAACUUCUCUUUGGCAUGAUCGACUAUAUCGACCGCAAACGAGACCUGUACAACCUGUCGCGGACGUGUCGUGCCCUUGAAGACGUCUGCCUCCGAAGACUCUACGCACGGGUCGACGUCGAGAUCUCCAAAGACAAAGCGUCCUCAUGGACCACAGGUUCCCUUCUGGCAGUACGGCCACACGUGGUUCAUGUCAUGAAAGAGUUGGUGAUCCGAAAUGGAUCGCUGGACCAAAGCAAACCCAUCUACAAUCGCAGGCACGCAUCCGAUGCAGGCACGGUCGAGGCCUACGCCACAGACAUCUUGGAAUGGGUUCCAGUAAACCAGCUGCGAGCACUCUCGUUCCUCCACACCGCUCCCAUGAGCUCUCGAGUGCUCGGGGUCUUGGCUACUAAUCACUGCCAAAGCCUUCGCGAACUCGCCGCGUAUGACCUUGGUUGUCUAGCAAGUCAGAGCCUCAACCUCCCGAACAAACUGACGGCACUGGAAUGCCACUCCAUGCAAGAUGGGCGCAUUCUUGAGAAUCUUGUCAGCAUCAACAGAAGUUCACUAGAGCGACUGCGCAUAGGCCAAGAGAAAGAGCUGGUACAGCAGUAUUCUCAGACUAGGGUCGGCUUCCUGGCCCAGGCACCACAAUCGGCGACUUUGUUCAGAUCCAUGUCUCUGGGCACUUUGCCCAGUUUGAGGCAAUUGGACUUGUGCGGUGUUGAUGUGUCACCACUCGUUCCACUCGAGGUGGAAGACGCGCUUUUCUUCUGCGAACUAACACGAAUCUCCCUCGAGUCGUGUCCCGGCAGUGUGCAGCUGUUACACUGCCUCGCCAACACAUUCAACUUCGCUCGGGACUCUCCACUGGCUUCGAAUCCGCAACCAAUUGUGCAAUUAAAGGACUUCCUAUUCCGGAGCGAAUCGCCUACUACCCAAGUCAAAGAGGCGCUUCUCCUCUUUCUAGACUCUUUUACAGGGCUACGGACCUUGUCCCUGCUUCUUGAAAAUGCAUCCGUCCUCGAGCGCGUUUCAACCAUCUUGUGCCAGCAAGGCCCUACCCUGGAGACACUAGUCCUCGAGUCUCGUAUCCAGCCUCGUGAUAAUCUAGGCCUGGACACGUCACGACCCUUUGGCUCUGGUGGCUACUCGCAAGAACUCUGGGAACAAGCCAUAAACGAUAUAUGUCAGCUCUGCCCAAAUCUGGUCGAGCUCGGCAUGGGCUUUCCUUGGGAUGAUGAGGUGGUAAGGCUGCGCAAAACGCGCCUGCCAACACUUCCAUUCCUGAAGACGAUCCACAUUCGGAACUUUCCAGAGAACCACGCUCUCUCGCAAGUCGGCGACUACACCAUCAAAGAGUACGCUACUAAAUUUGUCGACUGGGUGUUUCCCACGUUAGUUGGCGGCAGCAAGCCCGCACUUGAAACGUUAGCCAUUGGGCCGACGGUGUACGAAGGCCGAUGGAAGACAGGCAGUAGUAGGCGGCAGCCUGCGGAGUUCCAGCGUACGCACUUUUUUGGCAUUGAUUGGGGUCUGACGAGGUUCCGACGCUGGAACUUCAUGGUGAGCCCGGUAAGCGAGAAAUACAUGGAAGAGUUACGGGGACAAAAGCCCCUCACUGGAGUAUUUGAGCAGGUUUGGCUGAAAUGA